AUGUGUUCUCGCGGCGUCUUGAACGCGAUCGACGACCCCGACGAUGACCCGCAGCCGAUGUCUCCCCUGGCGUCCAGCCUGCCGGCGCUGACGGUGGGGUCGCCCCUCAAGAUCAGAAUCGACCACCCCGGGAUCAACCCAUUCCUGAUGGAGCCCCAUACAGGAUGCGAAAGCCCAAUGUUUCUGGCUCAGGGAGUGAGCUUUACAGUCCCAGAUGAAUCUGAUCUUCCAAAUGAAAUUUCGGCACCUUAUGAAGUACCCCAAUUUCCCAUUGAACAGAUCGAGAAAAAAUUGGCAAUUCAAAGGCAGUUAAAUGUCAAGUGA